UAAGCAGAAAAGAUUUGAUCGGAAAAUGGAAAUGAGGAGUGGUAGGGUAGUAGGAGGCGUUCCGUUGAAUAUUGAUACACAGUGUAAAAUGCAAUCAUUGUUGACUCACUGUGCACAUAUAAUUUAAUUGCUGCGGUUUCUCCUCUCCCCGCCACCAUAAUUCCACGGUGAGCAGAGAAGAUUUGAUCGGAAAAUGGAAAUGAGGAGUGGUAGGGUAGUAAGAGGCGUUCCGUUGAAUAUUGAUCUACCAGAGGGGUGCGUGGCAAACGUACUCUCGUUAACAACUCCUCAGGACGUAUGCCGGCUCUCUGCUGUCUCUCCCAUUUUCAAGUCGGCCGCCGAAUCUGACGAUGUUUGGCAGAGAUUCCUGCCUAACGAUCUCGAAUCCAUCCUGUCUACUGCCCUUGAUGGUUCUCUCCUGCUGUCGUCUGCUUCUUCCAAAAAAGAAGUCUACUUCAGUCUCUGUGACAAUCCCAUCAUUGUUGACCAUGGGAGAAAGAGCUUUUCAUUGGAGAAAAAUAGUGGGAAGAUAUGUUACGUGCUUUCUGCAAGGGAUCUCGUGAUUACAUGGUGUGAUACUCCUAUGUACUGGACAUGGAAUUCUAAUUCUGACUCUAGAUUUGCAGAAGUGGCUGAGCUUAUUAAUGUGUGUUUUGUUUGAAAUCCGUGGCAAAAUCAUUGUUUGCUGUCCCCAGCAACAUUAUACGCAGCAUACCUCGUGUUCAAGUUUGCAUCAAGAAUUGAUGGAUUGGAUAACCAACCAGUUGAUGUCACAAUGAAACUGAAUGAAGGCGAAUGUGGGGCACAGACUGUUAGCUGGAAUGCGCAUGGAAGGUUCAGGUCCACAUCUGUAACUGUCAGAGGUAAGGUGCAUUAUCCAAAGGAAAGAGGAGAUGGGUGGUUGGAGAUGGAACUCGGUGAGUUCUUUAGCAUGAAAGGGGAGGAUGGAGAACUGGAAAUAAGGCUUUGUGACGCUUCUGGUCACUGGAAACGCGGGUUGAUUGUGGAAAGGAUUGAGAUCAGACCAAAAGAUGUUUCCAGGGCAGCUAGUCCAAGCAGUUAAAGAUUCACACACUGGACUUCUUCAUCUGAAAUGUGCAAGUUUACUUGGAGAAGCCGAGUUUGUUCCAUCAGUUUCCAAAUUCCAACCACACUGCUAAUGUUGAAUCAGAAUCACUAAUGGACAGAAGUCAUUCUGUUGAAUAAUAAGUAAAAAAUUAUCCUAAUCGAUGGGAAGACUUCUCAGAUCCAUAAGUUUAUUAUAUAAACUCUAUGUUAUUUUGUUUUAUAAUCAAAUACCUGUGUAAUUCUAGGAGC